AUGACUGCCUUCCUCACGGAGCUUCGCAGGAGGGCCAGGGACAAGGACGAACUCGGCAAGAGGUUCUUCUGUGUGAUCGACUCCCUGGUCUCCUUCUAUGUGCUGGGCAAGGGACGAUCGUCUUCAAAGAGGUUAAACAGAGUCAGCCGCCUGAUCCCCAUGUGCCUGUGGACCAUCAGCAAGUGGAACUUCUCAGAUGGUGCGUCUUACGAGAAUGCAGUGGCUGCUCUGUUCAAAUACCUCAACGCCCUACGGGGCAGGCUGCCUCGCACUAUGGCAGAACUUGAUGAGGAGCUGGCAGAAUACAUCAAUCACCUUUACCAGGAAGGUGAUGCGGUGACCCUGGCAGGAUGGACGCUUAGUGGCUUGAAGCGUUUCUUUCCUCGCUGCCGCCCUCAUCUCCUGACCUCCCAGCUGUUUCUUCGCAACUGGCAGAGAGUUCACCUGCCACAAAGAACCAGCCCGAUGACGUGGUUGGGUGCAAGGGCUAUGGCUGGAGCAGCUUACAAGGUUGGGCGACCAGACCUGGCUCUUUCAAUCUUUUUGGGUUUCGCCUUCUUCCUGCGAACUAUGGAGCUGCUUUCUUUAACGAUUCGGAGGGGAGGGGCCACCGAGUACUACCAGCGCACGCAAAGUCUGGGCCGCACCAUGGUGCAGGGUCGUUGGAAAGACUCCCAGACAGCUCGCAUCUACAUCGAUGACGCAAGAGCAACUUUGGUGCAGCUGUCUCUUUCCCCACCCACUGCCGCCCUCCAACGCUCCUUGGCUUCCGUUUGGCGAGUGGCGGUGCCAGGGUGCUGUUCCUAA